UACACGUGGCCUGAGUGGGUGUGGUAAAGAUCUCCAUGGUAACAGGAUGACAAGAUGGCGGAUGGUUCAGAACCAACACCUACAUUAUCAAGUCCUUCUCUGCUCAUAUCCCCCGCCAUUAUCGUAGUAAUAGCUAUUAUCAUUUUCGUGGCCGUUCUCUUAUUUCUUCUUUGCCUGAGAAAAAUUUUACUAAGUCAUUAUGGUAACAGGGACUGGUACCCGGCUUAUUGUAAGGACUAUGAGUGCCAGUGUGGUGGUUGUGGCCAGUGUUGUAUUCUGCUAGCACAGAAAUGUGAUUGCCAGACCCCCAGUUCAGGUACCUUGCUUGAUCGUAUUUGUCCUUCUCAACAACAAUGCAGUACGUUUUUUGGUCAAGUUUUCUCAUGCCACUGUUUUAAAGUUGUAUCAGAAUAUUGCAAAGGUGUUCAUUUGUGUCCAGAAUCAACUGGCCCUGGGCUUUGUGCACAGUGCCCUGAAUGUGAUUGUCCAUGUAACUGUCACUGUGAGUGUAAGCCGCCUGAAUGCGAUGAAAUUAAUUGUGGCUGCUUCAAAAUCAGCUUCAGAGGAGGAUCAUAGUGCACUGGCAGAAAGUUCAAUUUUUUAUAUCAGAAAAAAA